AUGAGCUGGAUCAGUCUCAAGUCUGCUUAUCUGAAGAUUACAUUUUCCCCUUUUUCACUUGGAUUCUUUCUUUUCAUAUUUAUCCAUUGCCUUUCGGAGGGCUUUAUUCAAGCAUUCAUAUACUCACAAGAUACGGUGGCCAGUAAUUUGAUCACAUCAAUUCUCCAUCAAGCGCAAGUUCCUCGCAACAUCUUGGGCAUUCUCGACGCGCCGUAUGGAAAUACUUCCCUCAGUGUCUGCAACUCGCUUGACCCCAGCCUGAAAGGCGACGAGCGACUAUGUGCACUAGUUUUUCGGAAGGGUCAGCCAAACCUUCCGCUCCCAACCAAGUUCGAUCUGGCGCCUUACAAAGAUGGCGUUGACGUUUCUCUCAAUGGAAAGCCUAUACACCUCAGUCCCAUGUGCACUUUGGUCUUGACCUAUCCACACCAAAUGCUCCUGAAUGCUCAACGAGAGGGUGUUGUCCUUAUUCUCUCCCAAUUCUGGUUAUUUGCACUGUCAUUCUUUGGGAUUGUCUACGAUUCAAUUCCUCAUCUAGUUGCAGCCAUCUGUUGCCGUACUUUGACAACUGCUUGGUCGAUGUACAUUCUCUGGCGGAAUAGCGAUAAUCAGUAUCGUUUUACAAUGCUGUUGGCCUCGGAUGACAGCCCUUGCAAGCCUCUUCUAAUCGACGAUAUGUUCCCACGAUACUUCAUAUGGCGUCAAAUUCUUCAGAAUCCUGAUGUUGCGCUGAACAUCAUUGGAUUCGCUCUUGCCAUCUACCUAUCCAGCAAGCUCAUCAAGGCUCGCUUUCCGUAUAUGGUGCGAAGACUUUCCAUCGCGUCGGCGCACCGCCAGCAAUUAUUCGCAUCUAUAACUACUUCCUGGCGGUUUUCGUUUCAUUCCAGGUAUGUUCCCGCCGGUUUCUUCGCUUUUUCGUUUUACAAACGCUUCGUAUGGGUUUCUGCGUUGCUGCUCAUCUCCGUGGUGUGUCUAUGGCUCGAACAAAUAGUCAAUCACGACAAUGCCAUAUCAAGCCUCACUCUGCAUCGGAACUUGUACAUCGCAUUGAGCGUCUUCACCCUUGUCUAUCUCGUCCCAUGGAUUGCGCUCGGAUGGUACGCCGUGCGACGUGAAUGGAAACAUGCGAUGCUGGCGUUCCUCUUACUUGCGACCAUUGUUUUGGCGAGCUGGAUACUGAUGCUCAAGUCGUGGAGUUUUGUCUGGACCUUCAUGAACUGGCCGCUUUUCACUGUCCAGUUCACUGGCGCAAGCGUAUCGUUACUGUCGACUAUCAUAUUCGGGGUCAUUUCCUACUUGCAUUUUGAUAAAGGCUUGGCCCACUACCUCUAUGUCGAUGAUCAACUUGCGCAGGCGGGUUUUGAGCCAGACCUGUUUGAGAAAGAUGUCGAGAAAGGACAUGACUGGCGGGAAAUUGGCCUGGAUCACCUUCCACCACGCACCCUCCAGUUCUCAACUGUGUCAAACAACUCCAUGUGA